GCCUGCCGGCUGGGCUGCAAAGAGCAGAGCAGCGCUCAUGUCGUGGCUCUUCGGGCUGAACCGCGGCGGCGGCGGCGGCGGAGAUGCGGGCCUGGGAGCUCCCCCCGGGGCCCCGCCGCUGCCGCCUUCGCCGGCGGGGGCCUCUGGGGAAGGGCCGGGCGAAGGGGGCCGCCCCAAGGACAAAUGGAGCAACUUCGACCCCACCGGCCUGGAGCGCGCGGCCAAGGCUGCCAGGGAGCUGGACGCCUCCCGUGAGUCGGAGGAGGGAGGGGAGGAAAGCCAGGGCCGCGGGCAGGCCUAGGUCCUACUCGGGAGUAGACCCGCUGAAGUUAAUGAAGGCACGGCUAACUUGGGGCCAUUGAUUUCAGUGGGUCCACUAUGAAUAGGACUUAGUUGAAUGCACACACACAAAAACCCUUUUAUGGUACCUCGGGUUACAUACGCUCCAGGUUACAUAGGCUUCAGGUUACAGACUCCGCUAACCCAGAAAUAGUACCUCGGGUUAAGAACUUUGCUUCAGGAUGAGAACAGAAAUCGUGCUCCAGUGGCGCAGCGGGAGGCCCCAUUAGCUAAAGUGGUGCUUCAGGUUAAGAACGGACCUCCGGAACGAAUUAAGUACUUAACCCGAGGUACCACUGUAAUACGUGGGGCAUGAAUGCAUGAGCGCAUGGUGGGCAGGUGCUGGGAGUGUAUGGGUUCCAAGUGGAGCAGGGAGCUGACUGUAGUGUAGAAGGAAGGUCAUGUGUAAUAAUAAUAAUAAUUCAUUUAUACCCCGCCCAUCUGGCUGACCUUCCCCAGCGACUCUGGGCGGCUCCCAAUCAAAUGUUAAAAACAGUACAGCAUUAAAUAUUAAAAACUUCCCUAAACAGGGCUGCCUUCAGAUGUCUUUUCAAGAUAGGAUAGCUGCUUAUUUCCUUCACAUCUGAAGGGAGGGUGUUCCACAGGGUGGGCGCCACUACCGAGAAGGCCCUCCAUCUGGUUCCCUGUAACCUCACUUCUCGCAAUGAGGGAACUGCCAGAAGGCCCUCAGCGCUGGAUCUCAGUGUCUGGGCUGAACGAUGGGGGUGGAGACGCUCCUUCAGGUAUACAGGACCAAGGCCGUUUAAGGCUUUAAAGGUCAGCACCUUUGUAAGGGGGGGUGAUAGGGCUGGUUGGAUCUACAGGGCUGGAGCGCUUCUUUGAAAAGCAGGGUGUGAGGGCAGUGUGUGUGUGUGUGUGUGUGUGUGUGUGUGAAGGGUUAACUGGAUCUAAAGGAUUCCCACCCCCCCAAAAAAAUCCCUUCUUUAAAAAUGCUAGGGAGGCAAGAGCCACAUGUGAGCUGCAUCUGCAAGGUCCUCUCUUGUGUGCCCCAGAAGCUCCGUUUUUACAGGACAGAAAUGGGAAAUCCAUAAACCAGGCUCCAGAAACUGCUGCAAAAUGCCAGGAAUGUGAGUCUGAGGGCACAUUUCUGAAGCGGCGUUUGUGCCCUCAUGUUUCAAACUCUGGAGAGCCGUGUUGCAGUUUCCCCAACAGUGGUUGCAUCAGUGCUCAGCAGAGGGAGGGUUGCCCUUUGACCUUGCAACAGUCAUAUGACUCCAGCAGGCUCUGUAAAUGUUCAGCAGCUCUAAGAUCUCUUUGUUACAGCAGAGGUUCACCAGAGGGGCUGCAUUGCCUCAGAAUUAUUGCUAUUAUUAUUUUAUUUAUUUACUUUCUAUACCACCCUUCAUCAUAGGAUCACAGGGCAGUUCACAAUAUAAAAACACAAAAGUAUGUAGCAUAGUAACAAACAAAAACCCAAAAGGUUGUACAGAAGAGAAUGAUGCACUCAGGUCAAAAACCUCAAUUACCUUUGAGAAUUACAGUGGUACCUCUGGUUAUGUACUUAAUUCGUUCCGGAGGUCCGUUCUUAACCUGAAACUGUUCUUAACCUGAAGCACCACUUUAGCUAAUGGGGCCUCCCGCUGCUGCCGUGACGCCAGAGCACGAUUUCUGUUCUCAUCCUGAAGCAAAGUUCUUAACCCGAGAUACUAUUUAUGGGUUAGUGGAGUCUAUAACCUGAAGUGUAUGUAAUCUGAAACGUAUGUAACCCGAGGUACCACUGUAUUUAUUUCUUGUUAUUUGUGCUGCCUGAAAACUGUGCCUCAAUGUCUGAACUGCAGAUGAGAGACAGUGUUACAGCUCCACUCACCUACCUUGAAGGGGCAGCGCAAGCUUCUCAGAGGAGCUUUCGUUCCUAAGAGAAGAUUGUGAGUUAGGUUCGAAUUAGGCUGUAUCUGCACCUUACAUUUAAAGAGCACCAUGCCACUUUAAACAGUUGUGACUUCCCCAAAAGAAUCCUAGGAGUUGUCGUUCAUUAACGGUGCUGAAAAUUGUUAAGAGAUCCUCCAUUCCCCCUCACAGAGCUACAAUUCCCAAUGUUCCCAGGGAAGAGGGAUUGAUUAAACCACUAUGGGAACUGUGGCUGCUUGGGGGAUGGGGGUCUCCUAACAACUUUCAUCUCCUGUGGGAAACCAUCCCUGCUUAACGCAGCGUUGAUACUCCUUUUAAAUGUAUAGAGCAGAUGCCACUAAGGGAACUGUAGCUGCUGGGGGGGGGGUCUGAUCAGAACCCUUGCUGUGCUCACACUAGGCUGUGGUCACCCAGCUCUUGUACAGAGGGAUGUCAGGUGGCGGGGGGUCAAUUUCUUUACAGCUUAAACGGACUAACUGGGACACACUCUUUUCUAGGACAUGCGAAAGAGGCCCUCCACAUGGCCCAGAUGCAGGAACAGACCCUCCAGUUAGAACAGCAGUCCAAGCUAAAGGUAAGCCCAGUUCUGGAACCCAGAUUGCUCUGUGUGAUUGGCUUUACCUUUUGUUGUUGUUUCUUUGUGGCGUCGUAUCUCCGUGCUAGAGGCCAUGCUCCCAGAUUCUGGGUCUGGCAUCUUCAGUACCAAAGAUCACAGCAGGGCUAUGAAAGACCUUUGCUUUAGUGGACAAGCCAUGGCUUACCGUAUUUUUCGUUCUAUAGGACGCACCGGCCCAUAGGACGCACCUCAUUUUUUGGGGGGGAAAUGAAUAAAAAAAAUUAUUCCCCCAGCUGCCGCCCCAAGCCUCGCGUGCUCGGGCUGCAGGCUGCCGCCCAAGCCUCGCGCGCUCGGCGGGACCUCCCACCGGGCGCGCGAGGCUUGCAGACACUCGCCCGAAGCACGGGAGUCCUCCGGAGGGCUCCCCGUGCUUCGGGCGACAGGCUGCCGCCCCAGCCUUGCGCGCCGGCGGGACCUCCCACCGGGCGCGCAAGGCUUGCAGACACUCGCCCGAAGCACGGGAGCCCUCCGGAGGGCUCCCUGUGCUUCGGGCGACAGGCUGCUGCCCCAAGCCUCGUGCGCUCGGUGGGACCUCCUGCCGGGCGCGCGAGGCUUGCGGACACUCGCCCGAAGCACGGGAGUCCUCCGGAGGGCUCCCCGUGCUUCGGGCGACAGGCUGCCGCCCCAAGCCUCGCGCGCUCGGCGGGACCUCCUGCCGGGCGCGCAAGGCUUGCAGACACUCGCCCGAAGCACGGGAGCCCUCCGGAGGGCUCCCCGUGCUUCGGCGACAGGCUACCGCCCCAAGCCUCGCACGCUCGGAGGGACCUCCUGCCGGGCGCGCAAGGCUUGCAGACACUCGCCCGAAGCACGGGAGCCCUCCGGAGGGCUCCCGUGCUUCGGGCGACAGGCUGCCGCCCCAAGCCUCGCACGCUCGGAGGGACCUCCUGCCGGGCGCGCAAAGCUUGCUGACACUCGCCCGAAGCACGGGGAGCCCUCCGGAGGGCUCCCCGUGCUUCGGGCGACAGGCUGCCGCCCCAAGCCUCGCGCGCUCGGCGGGACCUCCUGCCGGGCGCGCAAGGCUUGCGGACACUCGCCGGGGCUGCAGGCUGCUGCCUGCAAGCCUUGUGAGCCCGCGGGAACUCCCACCGGGCUUGCAAGGCUUGCGGAUAGCUUCCUGAAGCCUGGAGAGCGAGAGGGGUCGGUGCGCACCGAUGCCUCUCGCUCUCCAGGCUUCAGCUAAGCCUGCAUUCGCUCCAUAGGACGCACACACAUUUCCCUUCAUUUUUGGAGGGGGAAAAGUGCGUCCUAUGGAGCGAAAAAUACGGUAGUUGCAGGGCGUCUGUUGAUGUGCAGAAGAUCCUGGGUUCAAUCUCUGGCAUCUUCAGAUAGGAUUAGGAAAGACCUGAAACCCUGGAAAGCUGCUGCCAUUCAGCAUAGACAAUCCUGAUUCAGUAUGUCAGCUUCCUAUGAUUCAACCCUCAAUCGCUUUCCCUUUAAAUUUUGGCGGAAGGGCCAUAGCUCAGUCUACGGUUUAGUCCCCAGCAUCUCCAGGUAGGAAUGAGAGAGACUCCUGGCUGAGAUCUGGGAAGAUGCUGCUGGUCAGCGUAGUCAAUGCUUGGGUAGAUGGACAAAAUAGACCAGGCAUAGGCAAAAUAGACCAGGCAUAGGCAAACUCGGCCCUCCAGAUGUUUUGGGGCUACAGCUCCCAUCAUCCCUGACCAUUGGACCUGUUAGCUAGGGAUGGUGGGAGUUGUAGUCCCAAAUAUCUAGAGGGCCGAGUUAGCCUAUGCCUGAAAUAGACCAAUAGGGGAAGGGCUGUAGCUCAGCAAAAAAGCACCAUGUUGCAUGAAAGUGCCUCAGGUUCAGUCCCAGACAUUUCCAGGUAGAGCUGGGAACAUGCCCUGUCCAAAAUGCUGGAGAGCGGCUAGCAGUUAGUGCAGACUAUACUUGGUGUAAGGCAGCUUACCCUGUUCUUGCAGAAACCCUCAGAGCUUUUGCCAGUGAGAAAAGACAGCACACAGUCUGGUUGAGGAUAAAGUAUUUUUUAUUUAUUUCACUCAGCUUUUGCAGAAUAUUUUUAUCUCAUGUUGCUUACUCUGCCACCAGUAUUUUUGUUUCAUUUUUAAGUUGGCUUCAUUAGUUUUUGUUCUUUAGUGUGUGUUUUUUAGUGGAUUAAAUAUGUUAAUGUAUUUUAUUAUUUCUGCCUGUGUUUGUCGAUUUGGCACACUCGUAUCCUGCUGUUGAAAAGGCUUGCAUGGCAGUUACUUAAAGCAAGACAGCCCCCACCCUCACCCCGGCUUAACAGACUAAAAACUACACAACACUAAAGGAAUGAGGAGGGAAGAGGAAAUAAACUUUGGUCCCAAUUCUUAAAAGUUAAAACAGUAGUUAUUUUAAUGACUGGGUGGAAUGAAUAUAGUUCAGGGACAGGAGGAAUCUGAUGGGACUGGACUUUUUCCACUGUGGCAGCCUGCUAGAAUUCCAUAUUAUCAUUUAUAUGAUAUAUAAAUGAGAUUCCUUCAGCAUUUUGAAAGGAAAGGCGGCGGUGAUGACAAUGGUAUUAAGUUAAGAUAAUUGGCACCUAUAUAGGGUGCUCCAGUUUUCAAAGCCCUUCUGGUGCAUUAUUUGGUUGUAAUUCUUACAACAACCUUGUAAGGUAGAUCAGUAUUAUCUCCCCAUACUGCAAAUGGAGUGACUAAGAGAGAGCGAGAGCACUUUUCCUAUGACCACCUAGAAGAGCAGGUGUGGGGAAACCUUUGACCCACCAGACAGUUUUGCUGAACCACAACUUCCAUCAUCCCCAGCCAUUGAAUUGGGUUGCUGGGGUUGAUGGGAGUUGUGGUCCAGCAACAUCUGGAGGGCCAGAGGUUCCCCACACCUGACCUAGAGAGUUCAUGGCAGAGGCAAGAUUCAAACAGGGAACUUCCUGAUUUACAGCUCAUUAGCCUCCAAAAUUAUCCUUUUUUUCCAUUGAGGCACCCCUCCCCAACUGAAAAAGAAUCCUUGGGGUCUUUUCAGAGGUUUGUCAUUGACUAGGACCAUAAUAGUAGACAAGGUUCCAUGAACAGGCAGUUCAUCUCCUACUGAUCUUUCUCUUCCUAUUCUAAGGAAUAUGAGGCUGCCAUAGAGCAGCUGAAGAACGAGCAGAUCCGCGUGCAAGCUGAUGAAAGGAGGAAGACGCUUACCGAAGAGACAAGGCAGCAGCAAGCGGUACAAGGCUGGCCUUUGUUAUUUAUUUCGUUAGUAGCAUGGAUAAACUUUUAUAUUUGUGUGUGUGUGUGUAAAAAAAUCAAUGUGUAAUAUAUUUAUACACGUUUGUUAAAAAAAUACAGAACCAUUAACUAAUAUGGAAAGGCAGGUGGGAGUAAAAAAACCAUUGAUAGGUAUUUUAUUUUAUGAUGUAAUGGCUGUGAAGACGGGGGGGAGGGUUGUACUUAACAAAAUUAAUUCAUAUUAUUUCAUAUUGCUAUUUUAAUUUAAUUUUAAUUUAAGGUUUGAAAAAUUAUAUAUAAUUUCAUAAUUAAAUUUUGAAAAUUUAUUUUACCUUCAUAAGAAACGUUUGAAAAUUAUAUAUAUUCCAUUGUUCCAGAGGUUACUUCGCAAAGCCCUGUUUGCUUAGUUCACUGUGUUCUUGUGUAUGGAAUCGAUUUUCCAUGUAUGUUUUUUUUUCCCCCCUACCACCAUGAAGAGAGCGCAGUACCAAGACAAGCUGGCCAGGCAACGCUACGAAGACCAACUGCGACAGCAGGUCAGUCCCGUCCGUCUCCUGAAAAUUUCCUCCCAUUUUUCCAUUUGUGCUUAGACUGCCAUGAGUUGCAGUGACAAAAUCAAAGCUUUCAUUGCCGGAAAAGGGGGAAGGUCUAGAAAUCUUAAUUGAAAUAUGCCUCUAGAGCUAGCAACCCUGAACCCAUCUACUUCCCCUUUGAAAACGUGCAAAUAGGGUUCCCCUGCCAUUUAUAAGCAUGCUUUGAGUCAUACAGUCACUCACGCAGAGAUGCGGCAGACAGCCUCCUUUCUGAAUGCACUGUUAUUUGCAGGAUUUAUAUGCUGUUUCUCGGGAAGACUUCACAAAUAAGUUUCACCAGAUUACAAAAGGAAAGCAUUAGUUUGUUUUUUAAAGAAAGUUGCAAAAAAUGGAAAAGAUAAGUUGUUUGUUUUGAAAAAAGCUUUUACUGCUGCUUCUCCCCCUCAGGGAAGGACGGUCAUUCAGGUGGUAGUUAGCCUUUAGUCCCGGGAUGGGGAGACCUUUGACCCUCCAGUUGUUGUUGGACUGAAACUCCCAUCACCCCUGACCCCAGGAGCCAUGCCAGCAGGGGCUGAUGGGAGAUGGAGUUCAACAACAUCUGGAGAGCGACAGGUUAGGAACAUAGGAAGCCUCCUUGUGCGGAGUAAGGCCAUUAGGCCUCUCUACACUGACUGGCAGCAGCUGCCCAGGAUUUCAGAAAGGAGCUCUCUACCAGCCCUACUUAGGCAUAGUGUGGAUUGAACCUGGACCCUUCAGCAUACAAAGCAGAUGCUCUACCACCGAGCUGUGUCCCUCCCCAUCUCCUUUAAAUUGAAUCCAUUUAGCCUCAUUCCCUCUUUAAAACGACACUAAAGGCUCCCGUCUUAAUUCAGAAAAUAUGUUCUCCUGCUGUCAAGCAUUUGGGUGGCCCGGGAUUCGCAUUUUCCGCUGAGUUUUCAACUCCUGUGACAAACUUGCACAAACGAGUUUAUAUAAAUGUAGACUCGCCAUGCACAAAUUUAACGACAUUUGGAAUUCAUUUUUUAUAAACACUGUACAGUGGUACCUCGGGUUACAGACGCUUCAGGUUACAGACUCCGCUAACCCAGAAAUAGUACCUCGGGUUAAGAACUUUGCUUCAGGAUGAGAACAGAAAUCACGCGGCGGCAGCAGGAGGCCCCAUUAGCUAAAGUGGUACCUCAGGUUAAGAACAGUUUCAGGUUAAGAACGGACCUCCAGAACGAAUUAAGUUCUUAACCUGAGGUACCACUGUAUUAGGUUACAUUUAAGUAAACUACAAUAACAAUCACGUAAUGUUUAUAAGUCUCCCCCUUUUUUUUUCUUUUCACAUCUUCUUUUACCUUGUGCCCUUAUAACUUUGUACUUCUUAUUUCUCAAAAAAGAAUAUAAAAUAAAACCUUUUGGUUGGCCCCGUUUUGUGAUUUCUCUCCCUCCCUUCAGCAACUCCUAAAUGAAGAGAACUUGAGGAAGCAGGAGGAAUCAGUUCAGAAGCAGGAGGCAAUGAGGCGUGGUAAGUGUCAAAUCUUAGGAGUGGGUCCUCUUUUGCGGCUACCAGUCACAAUGGCUCUGCUCUGGUCUAUGCUUCCAUACACCAGCUGCUGGAAACCACAGGCGAGGAGAGUGCUCUUGUGCUCAGGUCCUGCUUGUGGGCUUCCAAGUAAAGGCGUCCAGCUAGCUACUGCAAGAACAGGAUGCUGAACUAAAUGGGCCGGGCUAUCCUUGCAUUCUGAUGACGCUGGAAGCAAAGCAAUGGGACUCCCAUAGCCACGCAAAGAGACACCAUUUGCUCUUUCAGUUACAGUGUGGGGGCAAGGGUGUGCCACCCACAUUUUCUGAGCCACGAAGAGCAAAGAGCCUCCUACAGGCCCAAGGAAGACAAAGCUGUUUCCUUUUUCUUUUCCGGGGGUGGGGAGGGACACCUCACACAGGCUAGUAGUUGAAAAACCACCUUUAGCAUCCUUGGUGGAUGAAGGCAGAGUCCCCAGAUGCUAACGGUGCCUCUGUCUGCCGUUCUUCCAGCUACCGUGGAGCGGGAGAUGGAGCUCCGGCACAAGAAUGAGAUGCUACGGAUCGAGGCCGAGGCACGCGCCCGUGCAAAGGCCGAGCGGGAGAACGCCGACCUCAUCCGGGAGCAGAUCCGGUUAAAAGCAGCUGAGCAUCGCCAGACGGUGCUUGAUUCCCUCAAGUAGGUUUGAACAAACCCAUUUCAUUCCGUUCCAUGCAGGCCUGUGGUUUUGCAACUGCAGUUUCUUUCCUUUCCAGACACCCCUCCUUCCUCUUCCUGCUCCUCCCCAUCUCCCAUAAUUGGGAGCUGCCCUCUUCUCCACUGUCAGACUCUUUACAGUCAUACCCUGGAUCCCGAACGCCUUGCAAGUCGAACGGUUUGGCUCCCUAACACCGCAAACCCAGAAGUGAGUCUUCCGGUUUGCAAACGUUCUUUGGAACUAAAACGACUGACGGGGCUCCCGCGGCUUCUGAUUGGCUGCAGGAGCUUCUUGCAGCCAAUCAGAAGCUGCGCCUUGGUUUCCGAACAUUUUGGAAGUCGAACCGACUUCCGGAAUGGAUUCCGUUCGACUUCUGAGGUACCACUGUAUUCACUAUUAUUGAUUAAUUAAAUUUGUAUACUGCCCUGUACUCACAAGCCUUGGGGCAGUUCACAACAUAAAAUCACAAGAUAAAAACACAAGAUACGUAAUAAAAAAUAAAUAAAUGUACAACCCAAGAUUCAAACCCUUGACUGAAAUGAACUAAUCAAGCCACCGAGUUUAUUUAUUUAUUUGAUAUAUUUAUAUUCCACCUUUCUCUCAAGCUUGGAUUCAAGGCGGCCUACAGUAUUUAGGAACACUGGCUAUAAAAUGCAGAGUAAUGAAUGCAGAGCUAGUUGAGAACAAUAAUCAAAGUAGAGUACGCCGUAUCUGAUACCAGGGAUUAAAAUGUAAUUUGCCCUGAUAGCAGCCCAGAGACCAGCAUCGUCUGAACCUUAGUUUCCCAUAGGCCUGUCUGAACAGGAAGCUCUUAGGUUGCCAGUGGAAAAAAUAACAAAGAAGGAGCCAGUCUUAACUGUUCUUGGGAGGAAAUUCCAUGUUCUGGGAGCGGCUGCGGAAAAGGCCCUGUCUCGCGUCAUCACCAACCGUGCUCCUGGUGUUGAUGGGACCGAGAGGAGGUGCUCAUUUGAGGAUCAGUUCCAGCUUGCGGCCUGAUGUGAGGGUGAUGGUAGCUCUCUUUGCCUCCUUCUUGACAUCUCUUGCUCGUUUGUCUCCCUAGAACUGCUGGGACGUUGUUUGGAGAAGGGUUUCGUGCCUUUGUGACUGACUGGGACAAAGUGACAGCUACGGUGAGCCAGGGUCUGGUGGGCAGAGGCACUGUGCAAAGGUGCAAAUACUCGGUUUCUCUCUCCGUGGCCUGGGAGUGGGAGGUGACCAGGGAGCUGCUGAAGUAGAGAGAGAAGGGAAGCAGAAAGAAAUGGGGAGGGGACAUAGCUUACUGGCAGAGCACCCGCUUUCCAUGCAAAAGGUCCCAGGUUCAAUCCCCACAGCAUCUCUCUAAGUAGGGUUGGGGAAAGCUUCUCUGAAACCCUGGAGAGCUGCUGCUGGCCGGUGUAGACAGUACAGUGGUGCCUCGCAAGACGAAAUUAAUCCGUUCCGCAAGAGUCUUCGUCUAGCGGUUUUUUCGUCUUGCGAAGCAAGCCCAUUGACGGAUUAGCGCUAUUAGCGCUAUCAGCUGUUUAGCGGCUAUUAAAGGCUUAAAGGCUUAGGGAUUAGCUGCUAAAAGGCUAUUAAAGGCUAUUAAAGGCUUAGCAGAUUAGAUAAAGGGGGAAAAGCGAAAACAAAAUCGCCAGACUCGCAAGACAUUUUCGUCUUGCGAGGCAAGCCCAUAGGGGAAUUCGUCCUGCGAAGCAACUUCAAAACGGAAAACCCUUUCGUCUAGCGGUUUUUCCGUCUUGCGAGGCAUUCGUCUUGCGGGGCACCACUGUACUGAGUUAGAGGGUAUAAUAAGGUACGAGAACACUCAUAUCAAUAUACUUCACUGGAAAUACUUUGAAACGUUUAUCUAGUUAAGUUCAGUGUAACAAACUUUAUUCCUUCUUCUUUAUCUCUCUGUUUAGUUUUUGUUUUGCAUUGUCUUUGUAUGAUUGCAAAACAAUUUCAUGGUGGGUGGGAUACAAAAUGCCUUUAUAUUAGAAUAUAUACCAUUUAUUGGAACAUAUAAACACACACACACACAAAUGCACAAGAUCUGACAGUUUUGCACAGAAGGUAGGCCAUGGCUGGCCCUCCCAUUGUAAGAAGAGCAAAAUCUUCACACAGAGAAAUAAACAGUCCAUCUGUUCUCAACCAAAGUCUUUCCCACUUCUUCCUUUGGCUUUUCUUUAACUCAUCACACAGCAUUAAAUUCCAAGCUUUAGCAUAGGGUAAUGCAAUAUAACAGUUUCACCAAAACAUUGAAACACACGCAAUUAAAAUGUGCAAUAAAAACCAGCCCGUUGCAACAGCGCAAGGGUUUAGAACAGCAAUUAAAACAAUUAAAGCAGGAGGAUUUAUGUUGGGAGAUCAGGGGGAUGCUUGUCUGAACAGGUGCAUCUUCAAGAGCAGAUGGGAUGUCAGUAAUGUAUUUUCAGCCGGGAGAGCUUAAAGAGCCUGUUUAAAAAGAUGUAAAAGGCUGGGACAGUCACAGGAUCAAGUGUUUCCUUGGCGUAUGUAUAGUUCUGGGUUUUUCCUAGCAUGCUGCCCUUACGGUGGAAUGGAGUCAGCCUUUCCAAAAGGGGCCUUGAGUCUUCCUUGAGACGACAUUCUUUAUUUUAUAUCCUGCCUUUCUCCCAGUGCAGAACCCAAGGCGGUUUGCGGUAUAAAUUAAAACGAAUACAGCUAAAGGCACAUCAUACAUAUUUUAAAAGCAAUAAAAUAAGUAACUCUAUGAACAAUAAUAACCAUUGGAGCAGCACCCAGGUAAGACCUAACAAUGAGGGCCUGACUCUACCAGGCCUCAGGUAUUGGCCUGAUCAGAGCCAGAGUAAAAUUAUCUUUUUACAGAUGGUCACUGAUAAGUCUUGGACAGAAAACAUACCUCGUCUGCCGUCUUAGCAUUUAUUAAACCACAAACCUCACAUAUUGGACCGAUCAAAGCAGGCAUUAGCCUGAGAGCAUAGGAGCCAACUCCUAGGGGCCGAGGGGUUUUCAUCCCCCCUAAUAUAUUUGAGGGGUCCGGUGCCUCCCCAAAGUUGAUGAGCGUUGCCGUUCAAAUGGUGUGUGUGCACUGCAUCAUGUGAUUGAUUAUGUGGGGUGGGGCUUCCCUGGCCCCCUCCCCCAGUAUUUUAUUCAGCUUGGCACCCCUGCCUUAGAGUAAUAUACAGUCUACAGGAUAGACAUUAAGCGCUACUUGAGAAUGUGGGCCCAGACCUCCAGGCUUGGGAUAGGGUUGGGUGGAGGACGGUUUCAAACUGGCUCCAAGCAGUCCCUGUUUCAUCAGAUAUUACGCUGGUAGGAGCUUUAUAUUUUUGGGAGCGCUAAUCAAAUGCUGGCUGGUGAGACAUAGGAAGAGAAUUGUGUAGCAAGCAGCUCUUCCCGGGGUUUUAUAUAGGAAUAGAAAAAGGCUCCCAAAAUCCUUCCGUGUGUGUUGGAAGUUAUUUACCUGUUACAAGGGCAUCGGAAGCCAUUGGUUGGCCUAGUCCAGCAUUGCCAACACUGACUGGCAAUGGCUAGGGUUUCAGGCCCAGAGUUUUUCCUAGCCCUAGCUCUGGAGAUGCCAGAGAUUUGAUUUGAUUUGAUUUUUUUUGAGAUGCUAGAGAUUGAACCUGGGCUCUUCUGCACACAAAUCAGACGCUCUACCAACUGAGCUGUGCCCUUUCCAUUCACACUUCCUCCAACGAGUUCAAAACAACGUGCAGUCGUACCUUGGAAGUUGAACGGAAUCUGUUCUGGAAGUCCGUCCGACUUCCAAAACGUUCAGAAACCAAAGCGUGGCUUCUGAUUGGCUGCAGGAAGCUCCUGCAGCCAAUCGGAAGCUGCGGAAGCCCCGUCGGACGUUCAGGUCGCAAAGAACAUUCGCAAAUCGGAACACUCACUUCCGGGUUUGCAGCGUUCAGGAGCCAAAACGUCUGAGUACCAAAGCGUUCGGGAGUCAAGGUAUGACUGUACUUGGUUCUCUUCCCCAGCUCCCUCUCUUCUCAAGAACCCUGCAAGGUAGGCGAGGUGGACUGUGACUCCCAGUAAGUCAUUUGAUGAGUUUCAUGGCCAAGUGGAGAGUUUUGAGCUUGGGUUUCCCUGGUUGCAGUCCAGGAAUCUUAACCAUUAUAGUGGUACCUUGGGUUAAGAACUUAAUUUGUUCUGGAGGUCUGUUCUUAACCUGAAACUGUUCUUAACCUGAAACACCACUUUAGCUAAUGGGGCCUUCUGCUGCCGCCGCGCCGCUGGAGCACGAUUUCUGUUCUCAUCCUGAAGUUCUUAACCUGAAGCACUAUUUCUGGGUUAGCGGAGUCUGUAACCUGAAGCAUGUGUAACCCGAGGUACCACUGUAUACCACACUGGUGGUUCCAACAAACCUUUACAAUGGGGCAAAAAUUCAAAAAGGUUUCUUAGAGCUCGUAUUUCACCUUGCAGAUGGGACACUGAGAGAAGCAUUCAGAGAGAUGACACUCUUAAACAGGCUUCCUCAAACUCGGCUUCCAGGUGUUUUGAGACUACAGUUCCCAUCACCCCUGAACACUGGUCCUGCUAGCUAGGGAUCAUGGGAGUUGUAGGCCAAAAACAUCUGGAGGGCCGAGUUUGAGGAAGCCUGCUCUUAAAGAUGGGAGGUCAUUGGGGUGGAGAGACAUGGUGCGACCUGAGUUUUCUAUCCCUCCCUGCAUUGGGUUUUUGAUACGAACCGUAAUUGCAUUUUAGGUACACUAGGUAGCGCCUUUGCCGUUUUAGUGGCGCGAUCCACCUGCACGCAGUCACUACUCCUUCCCCCCUUUUUUUUUUUACCACUGCCGGCCUGGUAGUGGAGCUCGAAUCGUGCCUUUCGGCUUGCAACUGAUCAUCAGCUGCUGCCGCAGCGGGAAAGCUGUUGAAGCAACGCUUUUCCCCUCUCUCCCCAAUGCCAAAAAUAUAGCCCUUGUGUAACACUUCGGGCAUUAAAUGGAACAGGCAUCUCUUGAGGCUGCUGGUGUUUCAGAUCCCAGCUCCUCCUCGCCUCCAGCUCCUUCCCAGCCUGUUUUUGCCGAAAGCUGAUGGGCAAGGGAGAGAAGGGGGCCUGCCGCGGUUGCCAGGCAACCGCCAGAGGAUUUUCCGCAGCUGCUUCUUGGCCCAGGAGACGGUCCCUAUCUGUUGUCUGUUUCCAGGUGGAAUGAGAAAUCCCUUGUGGUGGGAAGACUCAAGCAGCCUAACCCCAGAAAAGGCCAAGAACAGCCUCAGCCGUUUGCUGGGAAAUGCACCGUGAAUCUCUUGUGUCUCCCCCAAAGGUUGCAAGAUUCUCAGGGCAGGUCCCCUCUUGCUUACGUGACUUUGCCAGGCAGGAGUGGGGAGCCUCAGGCCCGGGGGACAGAUGUGGCCCUCCAGGCCUCUCUGUCAGGCCCUUGUAACUCUCCCCCAAGCCACACCCCUUGCUGGUGCUUUUUUCACAACCAGAGUGCUUAUUAAGCCUGGCGGGAAUGCAGCCUGGUAACGCUGGUAAGGCCUCUUGCACAUUUGCAAAGCUAAGCAGGGUCCGGUAUGGUUUCACAGUGGAUAGGAGACUGUGUGUUGAGAUCCCUGCGUUGCUGGGGGUUGGACUUGAUGACCCUUGGGGUCCCUUCCAACUCUACAAUUCUGUGAUUCUUUUUGUAAAAUAUAAUUUUUAUUAAAUUUUCAGAAUUUCACAAAAACUUAAUCACAUCUUUGUUCAUAGAUAGACUUCCCACCCACACCUCUGCAGUGUUUUUAUUCAAACCCUUUCCUACUGUGUUGUAUUUCAAGCUCUUUAUCAAAAAACAAUUAUUUUGUCAUUUUUCUUCCCCUGCUCAUAUCUCAAAUCAUGCCAGUGAUUUCAUUUGACUACAAUAUUUUUUAUAAUAGUCCACAAAUCGCCUCCAUUCUUCUCUAGAAAGUUCAUCAUUUUGAUCAAUUAAUUUUGUUGUUAGCUUUGCUAUUUCCGCUCCGCCCACUUUUGCUUCUGGCCCCGCCCACCACUGCCAUGUAAUUCCCUCUCCCAAAGGCUGUCACUGCUUUGUUGCCUGUGAUUUAGCAACUUGUUUCUAGCCACACCCAGGCCACACCCCCUUCUCACAUUUGCUUCAUACCCUCCUUGAGAGUUUUUGCCUGGCUGGAAUGUGUCAUUGAACUCUGAGCAUUUCUCUUGCUUGCCUGGGUAGAGUAUAGGGAGGCCUCCUAUUCUGCUGUGCAACGCUAAAACAUAUUCUCAUUGUUCUGCCCAGUUUAUGACUUGGGCCCUGCCUGCCAGUGGCAUGUGGCGGAAGGUUGCCCAGAAAGGAAUGGCAGUGGCUACAGAUCACAAGUAGGGGGAACAGAAUGCUGGACUACAUGUGUCAGUCGCCUGAUCCAGCAGAUCUCUUCUUAUUUUCUUAAUGCAGUCCUCGACCAGGGGGGCGAAAAAGCAUGCAUGUCAACUUUAUAUACUGUCUUCCAAUCCGUAAUGUGCAAGUUGGAAGCACAUCGAUACUGACAACAAUAAAACAGCAGUAUGAAAAUCCCCCAAUUAAUCCGCAGAAACAUAUAGAUACAGGGGUCAGCAAACUUUUUCAGCAGGGGGCCAGUCCACUGUUCCUCAGACCUUGUGGGGAGCCAGACUUAUAUUUUGGAGGGGGUGGGAGAACAAAUUCCUGUGCUCCACAAAUAACCCAGAAAUGCAUUUUAAAUAAAAGGACAAAUUCUACUCAUGUAAAAACAUGCUGAUUCCCGGACCGUCCACUGGCCAGAUUUAGAAAGCGAUUGGGCCGGAUCCACCCCUGGGCCUUAGUUUGCCUACCCAUGGUAUAGAACAACGCAACACACUGUUCAUAACUGGCAAGGACUGAUCAGUGUCGAAAGCCGUCCGUUAAUCACCUCUGCAAUUUAUUUCUUUGGAACCAUGCGAUGAAAAGUAUUCCUAAGCAGACAAGGAGACACAAGUUUCAAGAUAAUUAAAUAGCAGCAAUCCAUUUUCUGUUUCACCAAAAUAUGGCGGCCAGCUUCUUCCUCCUUAGUCUAAGCAUUGCGCUUGUGGAAACCAGCAGGAGAAUGGGGACAGAACUAGAAUGAGUUGGCUCAGCCCUGUCAUUGGCUCUGGCGCCAUCUUACUCUUGGGCUCCCCGCUUUCUGCUUCUGAAUAUCGGAUGCGGGAAACUGCAGGAGUAGAGAAUCUUGUGCUUCGAUCCUGCUUUCAGGCUUCCCAGGGGCCUCUGGCUGGCCACUGCGGGAACAGGACGCUGGACGCAGAUGGGCCAUUGGCUUAAUCCAGCUCUUCGUAUGUUCAGCCUGACCAUUGGGGGGCAGAUGGGAUUUGGAGCCCAUCAAAUCACAGUGCCGUUUUGAGCAACUUUGCUGUACUGUUGCUUCCCCCCUCCCCUCUUUUCCGUACCUCCUCUUGAUCUGGUGUGUAUUUUCCUUUAACGAGUGCCGCCGGGCAUCAGGAACCUUGGCAAGGGGAGAGAGUUUUAUGUAGCGGCAGCCAGCCUGAGACUCUUUGAUGGCAUCGGAACUGCCCGUAGCGAAACAAGGGAGGUCAGACACCCCAUCGAGCCCAGCCUUGCAACCCCUGUGACAGCUGUACCCUGGAGGCGGGUUGAGGAGAGGGGGCAUGGGUUCAUUUUGAGCGUGUUGUAGAAGAGAAAUCGCCUCUGGUAGGCGCGAGGAAGGAAGCAGGAGACCGUGUUCCGCAUCGUGCCUGCGACUCUGGUGAAGUUAUUCUGCAUAACUCAACAGGCACUGCGAACAUCCUGCCAACUGGGACCCUCUGCCUGCAGCUGUAAUUUGUUGAUGCUUGUGUUAAAAGGGAAGAGAGGAGAGGGAGAGAAGCUCUUAGCGACAUCAAAAUGGCCCAUUAAUCAACCCUGGCCUCCCUUUGUUUUUAUUAUGAUUCCUUCAGCUUGAGCAGAGAAGCAAAGAGCAUCUGCAGUGGAGGAGCCUGGCAGGUUUUUGUUCUCCUAAAGGACAGGAACUGAGAUGGAGGGGGGGUUAAGGGGCCUUGCGGCAGGCGUGUUUCAGGAGCAGAAAGGGGGGAGCAGGGGCUGUGAUGAGUCAUGCACGCAAGAGACCCGUAAGCCUAUCAUUUUUGUGCGCACGCACACACACACCAGCAAUUUAGGAUUGGCUGGCUUAGAUUGGAAGUCUGAGGAUCCUAGCGUUUUGUCUUUGUCUCAGGUUUCUAGUCCUCACUGUUGCGGUGCAAAAACAUAAAACCUAGGAGGGUUCUUCAGGGCAAGACUUCCACCGUUUCAAACAGAACCGCCUAAGGAGAGCUUUUUCAAACAGCCCAAUAGUUUCUUGUCGCAUUGCAGGGAGAAAGGUGGGGUGGAAUUAUUAUUAUUAUUAUUUAUUAAUACUAUAUCAUUUAUUGGACUUUUUAGUCACAUUUUAAACAAAAUAUAAACUCAGAGCGACUUCAAACAUAGAAUAGGUGUUAUCCAUUGGGUGGUAUCGAACUUCUGCCCAGCAUAGAUCCAUUGAAGUUAAUGGACCUAAGUGAAUUAUGUCUAUUAAUUCCAGUGGGUCAGCUCUGGGGGGUGCAAGGCAAACUCCAGAAUUCCCCACUCCACCCCAAAACGAAGGCUUUCUUUUAGUUUGUAUGAAAUUCAGAUUUGUCAAUAUCUGCCCAUGCCACCCCCCAAAAAGUCUGAUUUAAAACAUGUUUGUUUGUUUUUAAAAGAACAACAACCAUCAGGCAGGUUUGGGGGUUUGUUUGCUUUUUCGUAAAUUAACCUUGAACAAAACCGGCAAAUCUUCUUUUUCUUUCUUUCUUUCUUUCUUUCUUUCUUUCUUUCUUUCUUUCCUUCCUUCCUUUGACAGGUGGCUGGCCUGACCCUCCUGGCUGUUGGCAUUUACAGCGCCAAGAACGCAACUGCGGUCGCUGGACGGUACAUUGAGGCCCGCCUGGGCAAGCCGUCGUUGGUGAGGGAAACCUCUCGUUUCACCAUCCUGGAAGCUCUCAAGCAUCCCAUUAAGGUAAUCCCUUCUAACGUACCGCACGACUCCUCUCAUGAGGGGGUGGAAUAACCAGGUGGAAGGUACAUUCAGCGACAUCAUAAUCCAACGCAUUUGUACUUAACUUAUUUGUGGCAUUUAUGUUCCACCUUUUCCCCCCAAAGAGUUUGUCGAGUUCGUGGCCAUGCCCUGCCACUACAGAUACAGGCAGGAAUGCUCCUGAAUACCACUUGCUGGAGCCCUCAGGAGGGGAGAAUGGUCUUGUCCGCGUGGUCCUGCUUGCAGGUUUCCCCACACACAGUUGGUUGCCCAAGAUGCUAGACUAGAUGGGCUACUGGCUUGAUCCAGCAGGACUGUUAUGUUCUUAAUUUUCAAGCCCAGGAUGAUUCUGAAUUUAUAAACAGAAGGGAUUUUACGGGCUGAAACCAAUGCACCUGUUAUUUAGUUCAAUAUAUGCAUGGAGACUUCACUCCAGAUUUGUGUAGGGUUUACUCCUUAGCCUUUUCUUCUCCUGAAGAUGUCCCUCAAGACAGCAGGUACAUACGGUAUUUUUUGCUCCAUAAGACACGCUUUUUUCCUCCUAAAAGGCAAGGUGAAAUGUCUGUGCGUCUUAUGGACCGAAUGUGUCGAUCACUGGCUCCCUUUCUGGCCCUGCCCCCUUGCCCAGGACUCCAUUGCUGAAUGUUCUGCAGACGGAGGCUGUUUGUUUCCCCCGCGACAUGUGACUGGUUGAUUAGAUUAUCUGUGUGGAAACUCUAGAAACUGCUCCCUUUGCUUUACUAAAGAAGCUGCAGAACUGUGAGUUGAACCCCAUAAAAACAGGAUUGUUUCCCUUUGCAAAGUAAGCUCAAGAACGUAGAGCUAAUCCUCAAAAAACCAGGGCUUUUCCCCUUUGCAAAAGAAGCUGCACAACUUUGAGCUGAUCCUCAAAAAAACAGGGCUUUCCUCCUCUAAAAACUAGGUGCGUCUUAUGGAGUGAAAAAUAUGGUACCUCCUUCUGGCAACUCCUGCAGCCAAGCUGGUGCCAAAUGUAUUGCUCUGUUUCCCUUUGGUCCACAUCAUCAAGGCCAAGAACGGGGUCUUGUCGUUUGGGCAGCCCAGGACCUCCAUACACAGCACUCCAGGUUUGCGCCCCAGAAAGGUCAUUUUGGUGCUGCUAAUGUUGCAAAAACAGCAUGGGAGGCAACAGCUACAAGUUACCGGUCACUACAGCCGCAGCAGGUGCUGUGAUCCUCAAGUGGCUUGACUUCACCCCCGGAGACUCAACAUAGAAUCAUAGAACUGUAGAAUUGGAAGGGAUCCUUAGGAUCAUCUAGUCCAGGCAUAGGCAAACUCCAGCCCUCUAGAUGUUUGGGACUACAAUUCCCAUCAUCCCUGACCACUGGUCCUGUUAGCUAGGGAUGAUGGGAGUUGUAGUCCCUAACAUCUGGAGGGCCGGCGUUUGCCUAUGCCUGAUCUAGUCCAAACCCCUGGCAUACAGGAAUAGGCAGCUGUCCCAUUUGGGGAUCGAACCUGCAACCUUGGCAUUCUCAGCAUUCUCUCUGGAGACAGACAGAUGCCAAAAACAACAUGUAUGGAGAUUAGUCCCGUCCUGCCACAAAUACCUUUCGGUAUUCAUAUCGCCUAUAGAUAUGUUGACAAUAUAAACUGAAGGGGGAGGAGCUUAAGAUAUCGUUUAUGUGAUUGCCACCUAGUGGCCAAAAGGUGAAGUGUUAUAAAGUGAAGGGGGAGGAGCUUAAGAUACCGUUUACGAGAUUGCCACCUAGUGGCCAAAAGGUGAAGUGUUUCGGGGGGGGGAGUUGGAACUGAGCAUGCUGCAUAACAGAAACUUAAGAAACGGGUAUUGGUGUUGCCUGCAUGUGUUACAAAAUUCACGGGGUGAAUAAGCUAUAUUCUACCGCCAUUGUCGGAGGUAGUGUGACUCCGAAGACCAGUUGCUGGUGCAAACGGCCAACCAGAUGCCCCGUUUGGAAGCCUGCAAGCAGCAGCAACUGUCCCCACCUGCAGUGACCAGUAGCUGGUAUUCAGAAGCAUCUUGCCUCUGGCAGUGGCGGUAGAGCAAAACUAUCAUAGCUCAUGGCCACUGGUAGCCUUCCGUCCCAUGAAUUUGGCUAAUCCUCUUUUAAAGCCAUCUUGGUUUGGGGCAGUGUGUCCCCACUGGUGGGAAAUAGGCUUCUCCCAUGCCCUUUGUCCAUCACCCAUCACAACAGGUAACCUGACUGCCUUCACUUUCUUUCCUAGCUUGGCAAGCGGCUCACCAGCAAAGCCCAGGAUGCUCUCGAAGGAGUCAUUCUCAGUGUGAGUAAAUAAUAAUAAUAAUUAAAUUAAAAAAGACUAUUUGUAUAAAGAAGGGAUGGCUAACCUGUGGUCCUCCAGACAUUCCUGGACUACAGCUCACAUCAGCCUCAGCUAACACAUCCAAUGGCUGGGGAUGGAUUAGGUGGGCCGUUGGCCUGAUCCAACAGGGAUGCUUUUGUGUUACAUUUUUUGGUCCCUGCCCAGAGCAGUGUGAUGGGGAAGAGGUGCCAAAUUCCAACAGUACCUCGGUUUUGGCCGAAUUCGAGCCACAUCUGCCAAGGGAGUGCGCACUAAAGGCUUUAAUUUUCCUGUGCCUGCUAUCAGCUAAUUCGCCAAAUGGUGUGAAUUGCCCCCAAUGGCCGCAGGAUGAAGGUUUCCCCACCCCAGUAAGUUCUCAGCCAGGACGAGAUUUGAACCCCGGCUUUCCGCUUCAACUGUGCCAACUUUGAAAGAGGAGUUGGACUUCUCCUUCUGCUCCCCUUGAAGAUUGCAAAAGCAGCUUCCUCGGGGUCAAAAAAGCAUUUCCCAGCUUUGUUUCAUUGCCAAGACUGUUGGAGAGAAAUGUCGCUCAAGAGGGGUCGAGUGAGUCUUUACUCCGAGCCAAGAAUCCACAUGUGGGGAACCUUUGCUCACCUCCGCACAGCAGCCAGCGAAAAAAAUCCCUGAGUCAGCACUCGCAAGCUUCCCCCCCCCCUUAUGCCAGCACCUUAAUGGGCUAAUAAUUUCUGCCCGGGCGCCGCUUGUUGUAGAUAAUUGUGGGAAUAACGCCACAGUUUGACGACUCUCUUUUCCUAGCAAAAAAGCAUGCUAGUCAAAGUUGAGGCUGCCCUUUGCUCUCACUAAAGAUAAAGGUAAAGGGACCCCUGACCAUUAGGGCCAGUCACGACUGACUCUGGGGUUGCGGUGCUCAUCUCGCUUUAUUGGCCGAGGGAGCCGGCGUACAGCUUCUGGGUCGUGUGGCCAGCAUGACUAAGCCUCUUCUAGCGAAACCAGAGGAGCGCAUAGAAACACCGUUUACCUUCCCGCCAGAGUGGUACCUAUUUAUCUACUUGCACUUUGAUGUGCUUUCAAACUGCUAGGUUGGCAGGAGCAGGGACCGAGCAAUGGGAGCUCACCCCGUUGCGGGGAUUCGAACUGCUGACCUUCUGAUUGGCAAGUCCUAGGCUCUGUGGUACAACCCACAGCGCCACCUGUGUCCCCUGGCUCUCACUAAUGGCACCUUAUUCAGGAAUUUUGCCAUUUCUUCAAAAAGAGCCGUGUGUCUACGCUUAAAAGCAAGAGUGGGCACUGGGUCUGGCUGACGGGUCGGACGGUUAUCUCCCUCACUGCUUGUGGGCCACUUUUGGCAGAAGGGCAUCAGGUGUCUGACCAGAUGGUAUGGAACACUUUGCUAUAGGGCUUCUCAACUGAUUGUUGGGUCUCGCAGAGCACUUUGCAAGAGGCUCCACAGGAUCCGACCACAAUCAGCUGACUGCACAGGGGCUUGGCGAGACCUUCCAGUCAUCCGCCUUGUCAGAAUUUGCACAGGGUUUGUGCCUACAACGCCCGUUCUGGCUGACCUGGUGUCAAGCGUAGCGGGGCAGGCAGCCCGCGGUUUGGUCAAAACGACCUUGCGGGCCAAAUGCGGACUGAUUGAGCCUGCCAUCUGGAGGUUCCCCACCCCUGGCUAAAAGAGCCUUAGGCAUUCCAUUUGCCAAAAAGCUCCAAGGAUGCUUUGCGGGAGCAUCACUCACAGGAGCCGCUCCUGCCACACAUCAGCAUACACCUGGGCUGUUCAAACCACCCACAAGCAAGCCUAGCAAUUCACAGGAGCGAGUAAAUGUAAACGAGGCCAUAGGCAAGAGCAUGCCAUCUGUUCCCAGCAUGCACCGGGAGCUCAUCCCACACGUUAGCAAGCAACGAAAUGCAAGCAUGUUCAUCUCUUUUUUACUUCGUAAAAACUGUGUGCCCCUUGAUUGUAAAGAAAACCGCAAGGUCGUUUACGGAAAGAACAAAACGAUGCAAUUGCUGGGGGAAACAACUAUUUAAAACAUUUUUUUUCAAAGUUAAAAUCAGUUAUAAACUACCCACAGAUCAAAACAAGUGUCAGCUCCCCUAACGUUUUUGAGCAGUACAGUGGUGACACCUGCCUGGUGUCAGUAGGCAGGGAGUUCUAAAGCGAAGAUGCUCUCUAAAAGAAUGAUUCCUUACAAAUGCAAUGUCAUGCAGCCGCUAUAACAGCGCCGGAUCCACAGAUCAAAAUGGUCGAGUGGGCAGAUAUGGGGGAAAGCGAUCUCGCAGGUCCCAAGUUGCUCAGGGCUUUACCUAUUAAUGGUAACAGCUUGGUAGCAAAGACUAUUCUGUUUGGGUCUCUGAGCACAGCUAUUCCAUGCCGACCAGGUCUCACUCCUGCCGGCAGUCGUGCUGCAACAUUCUGCGCAAGCUGCAGCUUGCGAGUCAAGCACAAGGGAAGCCCCACGCUGCUUCUGGCAUGCAUCACAAGAACACACGCAUGAGCAAGCACCAAAGAUGGUUUCCUCCAUGCCCUGAUUGUGGGCAUCCCAGAGGCAUCGUGACGGAAACAGGAUACUGGGCUGGUUGGAAAGUUGGUCUGAGUCCUAGGGCUCGUACGUAGGUAGAGUCCCUGACCCACCCACCCGGUGUUUAUUCCAUGUCUUCUUAGUUCAACCUUGCCCUUUUUCCAUAUUUUUUUUUUUGCAGCCAAAGCUGGAGGAGCGAGUGAGAGACAUUGCCAUUGCGACACGGAACACGCGGAACAACAAAAGCUUGUACAGGAACAUCCUCAUGUACGGCCCCCCUGGGACGGGGAAGACUCUCUUUGCCAAGGUAGCCCCAGUGGCAUCAUUGCGAUGUGAUCACUGCCAGCAGCUCAAUCGACAGCCUCUCGGGUCACCACUCCUGAAGGCAGGGGAGAGCUCUUCACAUCAGGGCACACUUAUAAAUCCUGCUCUGGUCGGCAUCAGACCAGAGGGUUGGGGCCCUCUGGUCGGCUUAAAGUUGAGGGUCUGGGGCUUCAGGCUAGCCCCAGUCACUGAGCCUUUGAUAGGAUCACCUGAGUAUGUUUCUGUGACCUUUAUUCAUGAGGGCUAGGAUGCUUUUUAAUUUUUUUUUAAAUUAUAAUUUUGGAAUUUGGGGUUUUGCAAUAUAUUCUACAGAGCUAUGUAAACACCAUAGGGCAAAUGUUUUUUAUUAUUAUUAUUAUUAUUAUUAUCAUCACAGUGGUACCUCAGGUUACAUACGCUUCAGGUUACAGACUCCGCUAACCCAGAAAUAGUGUUUCAGGUUAAGAACUUUGCUUCAGGAUGAGAACAUAAAUCGUGCUCUGGCGGCGCGGCAGCAGCGGGAGGCCCCAUUAGCUAAAGUGGUGCUUCAUGUUACGAACAGUUUCAGGUUAAGAACGGACCUCCGGAACGAAUUAAGUACUUAACCCGAGGUACCACUGUAUUAUUAUUAUUAUUAUUAUUAUUAUUAUUAUUAUUAAUUAAAUUUGUAUACUGCCGUAUAUCUGCAGGUCUCAGGGUGGUUUGCAAGACAAGAUCACAAUAUAAAACACAGACUACAUAAUCAAAAAAAAAAACAAAAACAGUCCAGUAACUCCCCCCGCCCCAACACAUUUUUGAAGGGCAUUGGGUGUCAAUGUUUAUCAUUACUUGAUUUUCUUUUUCGCUCCUCUAGUUGCUGAGCCUUUGAUGGGGCCCCGGAGUAUGUUUCUGUGUCAUUUACAAAUGAGGAUUAGGAACCUGCUUUUUUAAAGUAUUUUUCAAAAAUAUUAUUGGGAAGAUAGUUUGUGUACAAGAUUCUACAGUUAUGUAAAUAAAAAGGUAAAGGUAAAGGACCCCUGGCAGUUAAUUUCAGUUGUGAACGACUCUGGGGUUGCGGCACUCAUCUCGCUUUAUUGGCCGAGGGAGCCGGCGUACAGCUUCCGGGUCAUGUGGCCAGCAUGACUAAGCCGCUUCUGGCGAAACCAGAGCAGCGCACGGAAACGCCGCUUACCUUCCCACCAGAGCAGUACCUAUUUAUCUACUUGCACUUUGACAUGCUUUCGAACUGCUAGGUUGACAGGAGCAGGGACCGAGCAACAGGAGCUCACCCUGUCGCGGGGUUUCGAACUGCCAACCUUCUGAUCGGCAAGCCCAAGAGGCUCAGUGGUUUAGACCACAGCGCCACCCGCGUCCCUUUAUGGAAAUAUCACAGGGCAAAUGUUGAUUGUUAUUUGAUUUCUCCCUCUCCCCCCCCCUUUCUUUCUUUCUCCCUCCCUCCCUCCCUCCCUCUCUCUCUCUCUCUCUGUCUUUUUCUCUGCUCCAGAAAUUAGCCAUGCAUUCUGGCAUGGAUUACGCCAUCAUGACUGGUGGUGACGUCGCCCCCAUGGGGCGGGAAGGAGUUACUGCCAUGCACAAGGUCUUUGACUGGGCAAAUACAAGCCGGAGAGGGUAAGCUUUGAUCUGUUUCCCACCACUUUCUCAGAUCGAGAGUUCCAUCUUGCUUUUACACACAUGCACACACACAAAAAGAUGUUGCUUUCCUCUCAGUACACAAUCCGUUGCAGUUUUCAGUUGCUUCAUUUAAUCUUGGUGUGGUCUGGGCGGCUUCCAACAGAAUAAUAAAAACACAGUAAAACAUCAAACAUUAAAAAUCACCAAGCGGUGAUUGCAGAACCGUUCAUGGGCCGGAUCUGGAGGGCAAUUGGGCCGGAUUUGGCCCGCGGGCCUUAGUUUGCCGGCCCCUGCCAUACACCGAGUCAGACCAAUGGUCCAUCUAGCUUGGUUCUGUCUACACUAACUGGCAGCAACUGUCCAGGGUUUCAGGAAGAGAGUCGCUCCCAGCCCCACCUGGAGAUACUGUUCGGGAUUGAACCCGGACUCUUCUGCGCACACAGCGGAUGCACUGCCCCUGAGCCACGGUGCUUCCCUGAAACUUAAAGCCUACUGUGCAGAGAUUAAGUUGACCUUCUUGGCCCCGCCUACUUUUGCCUCUGGUCCCGCCUGCUGCUCGCAUGCAGCCAUCGAGUUGAAAGAGGUUCUACAUUCCUGCUGUUGUGGUACCCAGCAUGUUCUCUACAAUACCGUGGUACCUCGGUUACAUAGGCUUCAGGUUACAUACGCUUCAGGUUACAGACUCCACUAACCCAGAAAUAUUGCUUCAGGUUAGGAACUUUGCUUCAGGACGAGUACAGAAAUCGUGCUCCGGCGGCACGGCAGCAGCAGGAGGUCCCAUUAGCUAAAGUGGUGCUUCAGGUUAAGAACAGUUUCAGGUUAAGAACGGACCUCCGGAACGAAUUAAGUACUUAACCCGAGGUACCACUGUAAAGAGAAAGCAAAUACCUUCCACAGUGAUGGUGCUGUUUGGCGCUUCGUCUCUUCUCUCCUGCACCCCCAAGCAUCUCCCAGAGACCCAUUAAAACCGAGUAAGAGGAACUGGGGAUCCGGCGCUGUGUGCCUAUGCCGUCCUAUUUUGUGGGGGGUGCCGAAGGAGGGAGGUUCGGGGAUGGCGCUGAGCGUGGCUAAUUGAUGAUGUAUGUGUCCCUUGAUUGGCUCCGACAGACAUUCGCUCCCUUUGUCCAAACUGAUACGCAGGCACAUUCAUCACCAGAAUGUUUCUAUUUUCCACCUUUUUCUUUCCUUAAAAAGAAAGGGGGGGGAGAGAGAGAGAGAGAGAGAGAGAAUGGAAAGCCACCCAUGAAAUGAAAUAUUUAGAGCACUGCAAAACAAACUUCCUUUUGCAGAUGGUUUUUCGUGGCCCACCUUUUUGUGGGGGGAAACGGCAAGAAAAGCUGAAAUGCUGCAUGUGUUUAAAAAUGCAUUGGCGGUCCAUGUUAAAUUAUUCACCGGCCGGGGGGGGGGGAGAGAAAGCCAGCAGAAUUGCAGAUCCCAGAAUGUGACAAAGCAGCCUCUCAUAGCUCCCUGAGUGACUUCUGAAACCCUCCUCCCCUUUGCUACUUUACAAGCCAACCCCUAGAGCUAUGGUGUGUUUUCAUGCUAUUCCAUCCUUAAGGAGUCUUUUUAAAAAUAAAAAAAAGCAUUGUGGUUUGUAUGCCAGGGAGCAUAGUAACACAGAAAAACAUAUCCAUGGUUUUAUCAGUCUAGUUCACACCUGGCUAUUGGACAUGCUGGCUGAUGGGAGGAGUUUGUUUUUGGACUACAACGCCCAUCAUCCAUGCCUAUUGGCUGCGCUGGCAGAUGCUGACGAGAGGAGCUGUUGCUACUGUUGUAGUCACUUUAUUUAUUUAUUUGAAUUGUUUCCGUGCAUUGUUGUUGCUGCUGCCGCUGCUGUUGUUAUUUAAUCUCAAAAGCUGUUGACAACCCAGUUUAAAGCACCAAGUUAAAAAAUUGCACAAUAUCAGAACGAAACCUUAACAGACGAAGCUUGCGUAUAUAAUGUGUCUUUAAAGCAGCAUAACGGACAAGAAAGCAAAAUUCUCUCUUAAACCGUAUCAUGGAUAAAAAUCGAAGGCUUUCAUGCAGUCCUCAGAGCUGACCCAUGGAAAUUAGCGAACCUAAGUUACUCAUGCGUGUGUUAAAUUUUAACGGGCCUACUCUGAGUAGGACUGACUAACGUAGGUCACAACCCAAAAGCAAUAGAUGCCACAAAACCUACUCUGAGCAGAUGCGUUGAAAUGAAUGAACUUGUCUAACUUAGGUCCUCUGGUGGGCACGCUCCAAGGAAGUCUUGGUUAGGCACAAUCCCAUAUUUGUUAUUUUUUUACACCGAAGCGUCUUGGGUGAACUUUGGAUUGGUGAUGGCCCAACUCUGCAAGGAUGGUGGGCCCAUUUGCUUGAUCCACUGCUCCUGCCAGACUCACCCAGGCUUUUCAUUUUUUUUAACAGCCUCUUGUUGUUUGUGGACGAAGCUGAUGCGUUCCUGCGGAAGAGGUCAACGGCAAGUACUUCACACUCCCUUCUCUCUCUCUUGCAUGUUGUACGCAUGCUAUCGUUUAGUUUUUACCGAGUAUUUAUAAACUGCUUUUCAUGGAAUGUUUCGCAAUCGAAGGGUGGGGAACCACGAAAUAAUAAUAAUAAUAAUAAUAAUAAUAAGUUUUAUUUAUAUCCCGCCCUCCCCAGCCGAAGCCGGGCUCAGGGCGGCUAACAACAAUAAAACAAUACAAAAGUACAGCAUAAACAACACUCUAAAAUCAUUCAUUAUAAAAUUCAUUAAUUCAAGCCACUGGCAACCAUUGGGCCAGAGCUCCGCGAAGAUUGCCGAGGGAGGGAGUCAGGCUGUGCCCUGGCCAAAGGCCUGGUGGAACAGCUCUGUCUUGCAGGCCCUGCGGAAAGAUGUCCAGUCCCGCAGGGCCCUGGUCUCUUGUGACAGAGUGUUCCACCAGAUCGGAGCCACAGCCGAAACAGCCCUGGCUCUAGUUGAGGCCAGCCUAACUUCUCUGUGGCCUGGGACCUUCAAGAUGUUUUUAUUUGAAGACCGUAAGUUUCUCUGUGGGGCAUACCAGGAGAGGCGGUCCCAUAGGUACAAGGGUAAUAAUUAAAAUAUGGCUAUACAGAAAACACACACACAUUUAGUUAGUUUCGUUAUUCCCUGCUUGGGAUUCUGGAAUAUUCCGUGAAAAGCAGGUUAUAAAUACUUGAUAAUAACAAACUGAAGGAGUAUGUGUUUUCUGUAUUUUUAUAUUUUAAUGCAUGGUUAAUUUAAUUGUGAUUUCUCCUCCUUGCAGGAAAAAAUCAGCGAAGACCUACGAGCCACGUUGAAUGCCUUCCUGCACAGGACGGGGCAGCACAGCAACAAGUAAGAUUCAGGGGAAACAUAAGAGCCAUCUUCCAAUGUCUGAAGGUGUGUCAUGCAGAAGAUGAAACAGACUCUUUGGGUGGUGUCCCAACAUUUGUCCUACUCAGAUUAGAUCCAUAGACUUGCAAGGUCGCCUUACCUUCCAUAUACAGUGGUACCUCGGGUUACAUACGCUUCAGGUUACAUACGCUUCAGGUUACAGACUCCACUAACCCAGAAAUAGUGCUUCAGGUUAAGAACUUUGCUUCAGGAUGAGAACAGAAAUCGGGCCCCGGCGGUGCAGCAGCAGCAGGAGGCCCCAUUAGCUAAAGUGGCGCUUCAGGCUAAGAACAGUUUCAGGUUAAGUACGGACCUCCGGAACAAAUUAAGUACUUAACCCGAGGUACCACUGUAUAGCUCCACCCACUUUUGCCUCUGGCUCCGCCCAUGUGGCCCCUGGAAGGUUGUCAAGAAUGGAAUCUGGCCCUCAGGCUGAACAAAGUUUCCCCCAUACCAUAGACAUAUGCAUUACUCUUGGAUUUUGAGCCUUCUCUGGGCAUAGCCAACCCAUUUUGUUUUAAAAUAAAUAAAUGAUGAAAUGGGAUAUUAUCUCAGCGUUGCUUUCCACUGCAGAAUUCCUUAUUGCCCGCAGGCCUGUCUAAUUAUACAUUUGGCUUCACUCUAGUUAUCCUGUUUUGAUGGUUCUACUCUCCCCCCCACACACACACACACAAAAAGCAAAUUUGAUUGGUGCAUAUCUUCAUUUAGGGAAUAGUUCUGGGUUCCCUCUUAAAAAAACAAUGUUCUGCAGAGCCUGUAAGGAAUUGACUCCAGUCACUCAACGCCACAGUAACGUAUGCAAAUCCACCAAUAAUGAGCCCCCCGGGAGACAGUUAACUGGCAAUUCUGCCUUCUGUCAGGAAAAUGUGUGCUUUUAAGUAGCCAAUUUUACGCUUCUAGCAAACCCUUCAGGAAUGCCGAGUCCUGGACGUUCAGAGUUACUGUUUCCAAGAGCAACUGGUUGGGUCCAAGAUGGCUGCCCUCUCAUCCUCUUCCAAAAUGCCUGCCAGUUCUCCUAUUCAGAGUGCCCCCAGAAGCGCAAACGGGAGACGCCUCUCGCUCAAGCUUUUUUAUGCUUCUGAAGUGUGGUUAAGGUAAAAAGGUAGGACGGUUAAGUCCAGUCAGAGGCAGCUUUGGGGUUGCGGCGCUCAGCUCGCUUUUAGGCCAAGGGAGCCAGCGUUCGUCCACAGACAGCUUUCCGGGUCAUGUGGCCAGCAUGACUAAACCGUUUCUGGCACAAUGGGACACCGUGAUGGAAACCAGAGCAUGCAGAAAUGCCAUUAACCUUCCCGCCUCAGUGGUACCUAUUUAUCUACUUGCACUGGUGUGCUUUCAGACUGCUAGAUUGGCAGAUUUGGUUAAACCACCACUUGACCCCUGUAAUUCUUGUUUUUGUUUUGCUCUGUGCAUUUUUACUUUUGUUUGAGGAGUGAAUCUGAGGUGGUCUGGGGAACCUAUAUGAAUUUUAAACGUGAUAGAGAGAUUCGGUCAGAAAAAUAGUAGCGUAAGAAGCUGUGUCAGACAGGCUUGUGUACACACCAUGUAUUUAAAGCACAUGACAUUCCCCACCCCCAAGCAUCCUGGGAACUGUAGUUCGUUAAGAGUGCUGGGAAUUGUAGCUCUGUGAGGCAUAAACUACAAUUCCCAGGGUUCUUUGGGGUUGGGAGUCAUGUGCUUUAAAUGUACGGUUGUAUACCGCCUCCCUAGUCAGACAUGGCCCAUCUAGCUCAGUAUUGUUCUUUCCUCUCAGAUGUUGUUGGACUCCAACUCCCAUCAGCCCCAGCCAGCAUGGCCAACAGUCAAGGAUGAUGGGAAUUGUAGUCUAGUGACAUCCAGAGUUGAAGAAAGCCAGUCUAUGUUGAUAGGCAGCAUCUCUCUAGAGUUUGUGGUCAGGGUCUUCCUCAGCCCUGCAUGGGGAUUUGAACCCUGAUCCCCGGCCCUCCUGGUACCUGCUGUUCAAACCAGCCACUCUGAGGUUCUUCAUUUCAGUGCCUGCGCUAGGAGUGUGCUAAAUGUGAAGCGGAACAGCUCCAGGACAGUCUAAAUAGUUUUCUUGCUCUUAUACUUUGCCUUAGGCUGGAAACAUUAAAUAAUAAUACUACAGAUUCUGCUUAUGUUGGUUGGGAGGGGAAAGGGAGGAUGUUUCCAGUUUGUACCAAAUGUGCACAUCCCUAAUAAACUAUUUAUUUAUUGGCCGCUGUAUAAGCCAAGCUAUAUUUGUGGCCAUCUUGCCACGGAUUAAAUGGAACAAAAUUUACAGUAAAUCAGUAUAAUGCAGUUUAUACACCAUAUAAUACGCCUUGUAAAAUAAGGUAUCACUAUAAAAAGGCAGAAGAGAAGGAGAUUUUUGUCGGGUUAAAGCCAUUGAAAUGAAAGGAGGAGAAAUAAAAACUCAACAGGGCUGCCUUUGAACUGUAAUAAUGCUUCUUGCUUGCCUUGUUUGUGAGUGUGUGUGUGUGUGUGUGUUAGUUCUCUCCCACUCCAAGUAGACCCCUUGAAGCUAAUGCAUAUGACUUAACAUAGAAAUAAUAAUUUUGUCUGCUCUGAGUAGAACUUAGCUGGAUGCAACGCUAAGAUUUCUGCCUGAGUUUUGCAUUGGGGAGGGUCAAGUCCAUGGCUCCACCAACUUUUGGCUCUGCCCUUGCCCAGCCCUUUUAUGUGGCCCCCACAAUGUUGCCCAGAGGGGAAUGUGGACCUCGGGCUGGAGAAAAAAAAGUUCCCUACCCCUGAAAUAAAUAAAUACAUUCUGGGGUUUAUUGCCAUUAUCAGAAAUAGUCUGUUAAAUAUUGUGCAUGUUAAAAGGAUGUUAUUUAAAUACCGUAUUUUUCCAUGUACAAGACUGCCCCCCCAUUUUUUUAGUCAAAAAUUGGGGGGUCGUCUUAUAUGCAGAUUUAUACGGUGAGUCUUGGGUGAGCUGGCGGCUUCUGGCAGCUCCUGAGUGACUUGACUGCCAGAACAACUUUUCUUGGCGAUUUUCAAAAGAAAGAAAAAGCAGUUUUGGGCGAUUUCCUCCAAAAGCUCAACUUUAAAAUACUGAUUUCUUAAUUUUGGACUCCCCAAAGUAGGGGUCACCUUAUACAUGUUAUACACGGAAAAAUACGGCAACAGGUAAGAAAUUGCCCCCUUUUUUGUCCUUGUUGUCUGGGAAAGCAUUUAGGACUUUGGGUCAUUGUGUCUGUCCCUCUGGGAUCUCGUCAGGGCUGCGUAGCCGCAAGCCAGGAAUGGGGAAAUCAAGAAAAGUAGCCAGUUUCCGAAUGAAUGUGGAGAUGGUGGCACCCCCCCCCCCUGGCCUCCCCCCCCCCCCGCUGACCCCAGGGGGGCCAUCUCGGAACAGAUGGCGAGAGUGUCGCCGCCAGCGCCCAUUAGGAAAACAGGCUGAUUCAAAUCCUAAUGCGCCAUUAAAUCAGGGCUUAUUGUCAGUCGGCGAGAGAGAGGGCCGGAGGGGGUUGCGGGCAGAAGAGAGGCGGCAGGCGCUGGCUGUGAAGCAAAAGGAUGCUUAAAGCACUGCGUGAAGUUUUGGGAAGGAGCUGGGAGCAUUUUGAGAGAAGUAAAGGAGGCAAGAGGCAGAAGAGGGUAAGCCUUAGCCCGCAGUGCUAAACACACAAGUCCUGGGAAGUGAGACCCAUGGGAUAUAAAAUAAUGAGUAGAUAGGCAUAGGAUUGUUGCUUUUAAGCUUCACCGGCACACACUCAUUCUCUCUGUGUGUGUGCUUUUCUUUCUUUCUUUGUAAACCACUUUGAGGGUUUUUUUUACCUGAUAACAACACAAACAACGUUUGUAAAUAUAAAUUCUUUUUAAAUGCGAUUCAGCGUAUCAUAUCAAAAUAUCUGGUUAUAUAGACCAACUUGUCAUAUAAACGAAACAUAUUAUGAGAAAUUAAAGUCCAGCAGAUUCCUCAGGAAAUACAAUCUAUUCAGUUCUUACAUUGGCAAUAUCCACAGUGUGGAAUUCUUAUAUCAGUCUUGUAGCGUUCUACGUGAAGAUGCUUUUAAGAAUUCUAGCGUUCCUUGUAUGCAGGUACUUCGGCUGAUUAGUGUUGUUAUCGGUUUUGUAUUUGCGUGACAAAGGGUAUGGUAGUGUUUUGAAUGAGGUGUUUUUGGGGGGGGGUUAGCAGCAAGUGGUGUAUAAAUUUUAUGAAAUAAAUAAAAAUACUUUGAUUCUGCAGAAAAGCGGGAUGUGGUAUUAUUGGUUAAGAAUGAGGGAGAAAUUUGGUUUGAUUAGCAGUAGUGUGCUGCCAAAACUUUCUGCAGUGGGAGGAGUGUGUGUGUGUGUGUGUGUGUGUGUGUGUGCAUUUAUUAGGGACUGCCUUUUAAAGGGAGGUGUGGGGGGUGCUUCUGAGAGCAGUUUUUGGAAGCACCUCAAACCCUCUGUUAGACCUUCCUGCAGCCUUGUAUAAUCGAGGGGACAGGCAGUUCACUGCAGCCAUAUGAAUUGCAUCCUGACAACAGCCUGACAUUUUUAUGCCUCUAUGAAGAUAUUAUGGGUUGUACCCAGCCAAGUCCCAUUGAAAUCAGUGGACCUAAGUCCGUGAACUUCAGUGGAUCUCAUCUGAGUAGGGCUGGCAUUGGAUACAAGCCCACACACACACACACACACACACACACACACACAAUGCGUGCCUUUCUGUAUUGAACGAAUGAGCAUUGAAUGGUUUUAUGGUGUUUGGGGGAUGCGCUCUUGAUCACUGGUACAGUCCCUCGAAGUAUUCCCACCCUCCCUGCGUGCACACCUCUGUUUAAAGUGGAAGGGGUUGCUCAUGUGGAGGAUGAAUCCCAAUAGAACUGCCUUGCUUUAUAAGAGAAGGAAAAAAAUGAUGGUUCUCCUCUCCUCUCCCCAGGUUCAUGCUUGUCUUAGCCAGCAACCAACCGGAGCAGUUUGACUGGGCCAUCAAUGACCGGAUAGACGAAAUGGUUAAUUUUAAGCUGCCAGAGCUGGAAGAGAGAGAGCGUCUGGUCCGGAUGUAUUUUGACAAGCACGUCCUGAAGCCAGCCACUGAGGGAAAGCAGUCAGUAUAUUUAUUUUUUUAAUUAAUUGCCAUAUUUUUCAGUGUAUGACUAGGUUUUUUCCCUUUAAAAAUAAUGUUGAAAAUUAGGCAUCUUAUACACGGAUACAUCUCCCCCCAUUUUCUUAAGUCUGAGUACCUCGAGUUACAAACACCUCAGGUUGCAAACGCUUCAGGUUACAAACUCUGCUAACCUGGAAGAGUUGCCUCAGGUUAAGAACUUUGCUUCAGGAUGAGAACGGAAAUCGUGUGCUGGCGGCGCAGCAGCAGCAAGAGGCCCCAUUAACUAAAGUGGUGCCUCUAGUUAAGAACAAUUUCAGGUUAGGAAUGGACCUCCGGAACGAAUUAAGUUCUUAACUAGAGGUACCACUGUAUUGGCAUGAAGUCAGGACAGGGUAGGUGAGCAAAAGGGAACGACAGCAGUGGCUGCACAGGAGCAUUUUGUCACAGGCCUAGCUUUGAAGGUUGGCUAAUGUUACUACUGGGCCCUGCUGCUCCCAAAUAUAUCCUAUUUGGGUUAUGAAAUCUGUUGAGAACAUGAGUCACUUGUCAUCGUUUGCAACUGAAUAGCGGAAGCAGAAUUGACAAGAGGAUUCCCCCUGUAUCGGGCAAAGAUCUCUUGCAACAGGGAACGCAUCUUAAACCUUUUCCGGUCCACUUCAUUCAAGAUCCCGCAGGAGUGGGAGGAGGGGUUGCCUUGUCAAGCUCGUCUCCUGCAGUCGCUUGGUCUAGCCAGGCAGAUUUUCAUUUGUACAGGGCUUGGCAUCAACAGUCCCUGUCUGGGUAGCUACAGCCUCUUGCGGGAGCAAAUUCCAUCGUUCUAACGAUGUGCAUCUUAAAAAGCAGAGACAUCACCUUGCCAACAAAAGUCCGUAUAGUUAAAGCCGUAGUUUUCCCAGUAGUGAUGUAUGGAAGUGAAAGCUGGACCAUAAAGAAGGCUGAUCGCCGAAGAAUUGAUGCUUUUGAAUUAUGGUGCUGGAGGAGACUCUUGAGAGUCCCAUGGACUGCAAGAAGAUCAAACCGAUCCAUUCUGAAGGAAAUCAGCCCUGAGUGCUCACUGGAAGGACAGAUCCUGAAGCUGAGGCUCCAAUACUUUGGCCACCUCAUGAGAAGAGAGGACUCCCUGGAAAAGACCCUGAUGUUGGGAAAGAUGGAGAAGGGGACGACAGAGGACAAGAUGGUUGGACAGUGUUCUCGAAGCUCCCAGCAUGAGUUUGACCAAACUGCGGGAGGCAGUGGAAGACAGGAGUGCCUGGCGUGCUCUAGUCCAUGGGGUCACGAAGAGUCGGACAUGACUAAACGACUAAACAACAACAACAACAACGAUGUGCUGCGUGAAGAAGUACUUUUGUUUGCCCUGUAUCGAAAAGCAAUAUCAUAAAAUAGAGUUCCCCAAAAAUUCAGCUGGAGGACAUCUGCUUGGCAUGCAGAAGGCCCCAGACUCAAACCACAGCGGCAUCCCAGGAGAGUUGCUCCCAUCCAGCAUAGGCAGUACCUAGGAAGGUGGGCCAGUGGGCCUGAGUUGGCAUAAAGCUUCUUCGUGGUUCCUCUUUUGUUAAUCCUCACAACAGCCUUCAAAGCGGGUCAGUCUGAGGGAAUGACAAGCCAAGUCGUUGCAGACUGAGCAGGGGUUUGAACGUGGGUCCUAACCGAACUGCUUCACUGGCUAGCAAAUCAUAUACCCGUAUUUUUCGCCCCAUAGGGCGCACCGGCCCAUAGGGCGCACCUAGUUUUUUUGGGUGGGGGAAUAAAGAAAAAGUCGUGCCGGGCUCUCAUGGCUUGCGGAGAGCUGCCCGAAGCCCGGGGCGCGCUCUGCUGCGCUCCCCGGGAUUCGGGCUGCAGGCUGCUGUCCGCAAGCCUUGGGAGCCUGGCGGGAACUCCCGCGGGCUCCCAAGGCUUGCGGAUAGCUUCCUGAAGCCUGGAGAGCGUGAGGGGUCGGUGCGCACCGACCCCUCUCACUCUCCAGGCUUCAGCGAAAGCCUGCAUUCGCCCCAUAGGACGCACACAGAUUUCCCCUUCAUUUUUGGAGGGGAAAAAGUGCGUCCUAUAGGGCGAAAAAUACGGUAAUAGUUUUAUUUACUGGAUAAAGGGUUGCAUCCAACACUGACCCUACUCAAGAGUGCUUUCAUAAAUUAAUCAAAGUGAUUUAAUUUAUGCCCGUUAAUUUCAGCGGGUGAACUCUUUUGAUGGGUACGUAGUUGAAUACAACUUAUAAACCCUAGACCGGGGUUUUCCAAACUUUGGUCUCCAUCUGUUUUUGGACUACAAUUCCUAUCAUCCCUGACCACUGGUCCAGCUAGCUAAGGAUGAUGGGAGUUGUAGUCCAAAAACAGCUGGAUACCCAGGUUUGGGAAACGCUGCCUUAGACCCUACCGACGGUGUUUCCCAGCAGCUUGCAAUAAAUAUAACAUGGCAGUGUUGAUGCGAACUGGUGUGCUUUUUCCUGUCCAGGCGCCUGAAGCUCGCCCAGUUUGACUAUGGGAAGAAGUGUUCAGAGAUCGCCAAGCUGACCGAAGGCAUGUCUGGCCGAGAGAUCUCUCAGCUCGCCGUGGCCUGGCAGGUAAGUCCAGCAUCCUAUGAGAGAGCCGGUCCUUCGGCGCAGUCUUGCCUGCUCAGACCAGUCUGCUUGGUUUGUUAGCUCUGGCUGAGCUCAGCACUGGGGAACCUUUGGCCCUCUAGAUGUUGCUGAACAUGCUCUUUCUUCCCUGUAACCAUAACCCCGCAUACACCUGGGAUCUGGGGAAAUUGCUUCUGGUAGCCCACUUCGCAAAAUCAUUGUGAUGGUGGAAUGGAGUGGGGAGAGCUGGGUUUGCUGCCUUGACCUUGGAGGAAAAGCAAAAUAUAAUUUCAGUAAAUGCAUGGAUUCAACACAGGAAUGGGCUAAGCACAGAGACCGGCUUCCAGGCAGCGUUGCUUUUUUGUUGUUGCUAACUCUUGUUGCCUGGAGGGAGACUAGAGACGGGAGUAUUUGUUUAUUUUAUUUUGCUGUUUAUUAAAUUUGUAUACCACCCUUUACCCAUAGGUCUCAGGGCAGCUCGCAACAGAAAAACACAAUGUGAAAAAAGCACAAAAUACAUGAUCAAAACAAAAACAAACCCAUAGCUUUCACCCCACCCCCUCCUACAACACAUUUAAAAGGUUAUCGGAUGUUAAGCAGCAAAAGGCCUGGUUGAAGAGUAAUGUUUUCGCCUGGCGUCUGUAGAACCCCGGUAAAACUGAUGAAAACGUUCCGUGCAGUUUAUAAAUACGUUUUGAAAAAUAAAGCAAGCCUUAGGCAGGGCUGCUGCUGCCACACCUCAUCCAAAAUAUUGCAGGUUUUCUGUUUGAGAGUUCAGUAAGGUGCGCGAGCUUGCAAAUUUGCUGUGCGCAAGCUUCAGUUGGUCUUUUUUUAAAAAGAAAGAAAACACUGCCUUGGCGCAUCCAGCCCCUUGGGACCGAUUAAGGCAGCCGCAAUAAAAUUGCCCAUUGACUCCUUUUUCCAAAGAGCCUCGGGUUGCGUAAUGCCUCCUGAAAACUCUCGUUUCCAUCUCCCAUCCUCUUGUCGUAUGCUGAAGACAGCACCUUUUUACUCUGGCCUUAGACGUGUGAGAGAGGAGUUUGUGUAUAUCUAUAUUCUUUAUCUUUAAUAUUUUGUUAUUAGUUUGCAAAUUAUUAUGGAACCACAGGGGCAAGUAAACAAUAACAAAAAUUCAACAUGGAUAUAAUGAGGGGGCAUACCAAUGUACCUGAACAUAUUAAAUCCCAAUCUAAGACCAGAACAACCAUAUUAUCUCUAAAAAUAAAUCCCCACCAAACUGGAUAUUUAUUUCAUUCAUAUCCUGCCUUUUUUUGUCCAAGGAGCUCAAGGUGGUUCUCCCCCUCCUCAUUUAAUCCCCACAGCAACCCUGUGAGGUAGGUUAGACUGAGGGAGACGGUGGGUUCAGGUUGUACUUUCGAGUUAAUGGUAUAAUUUGUGUGUUUUAUGUUGUAGGUCGCUUAGAGAUUUUUAAAAUAUUAUAAGUGUUUUAUAACAAUUACGAAAUAUCAGCAAAAAAUGAAGACAAUGUGGGCCAGAUAAAACUGUAUAAUUUUGAAAAAUACAUUAAUAAAACAGCAGCUUAAACUUCAGUAAAUAAGACAUGACACUAGAACAUUUAGCAUUCUCCCGGGGCAAAUUUGUUUUUAAAUAACCGCUUGUGUUGUCAGGGGUCAAACACCAGCAACUCCACAGAUACAGAGCUUGUGAGAUUUCACACGCUUUCAAGCAAAACUUUGCAGUCGUAAGGACUGCUUUUGGAAAGAAGAGAGAGCUGACAUUUUCUACAAGUUCAUUUCCUUGCCCAGUGUUACAUUAUGUUACAUUGCAAGAGAGAGCGCACUUGUGAGAUUUCACAUGCUUUCAAGCAGUCAUAAGGACUGUGAACGUAGUUUUGAAUAGAAAAGAGAGCUGAAACUCUUCGUAAGUGCAAUUUUGUGCAGUUUUUGCUUCUAUGGAAUUGCAACACACACAGCUGACUAGCGCUGAGAUGAAAUCCCUCCCAAAUUCAUCACCCCAUUCACAACCGUGGGGAGAAUGGGGUACUAUUGGUGGUGGCGGGGAGGUCAUGAAGAGUUUCUUGUGUGGUGACAGGAAUUCUUGCCACCAGUGGGGGUGUCACUGGCAGCAGUGUUGUUAUCCUCUGGGGGGGGGUAGAGAAACAGCCAGCCGUCGUCAGGAACUGUGGCAAUUAUAUAUAUAGAAUUUUGGGGCACCCCUUAAGAACCUAAGAUGAGCCCUGCCGGAUCAGACCAAAGGCCCAUUUCAUCCUGCAUCCUGUUUUUACAAGAGCCAAGCCCCCCACAAGCAGAACCUGAGCACCAUGGCACUUUUUGAGGGGUUGUUGCUGUUGUCGUGAUUGACUCUUCGUGACCCCAUGGACCAGAGCACGCCAGGCACUUCUGUCUUCCACUGCCUCCCGCAGUUUGGUCAAACUCAUGCUGGUAGCUUCGAGAACACUGUCCAACCAUCUCGUCCUCUGUCGUCCCCUUCUCCUUGUGCCCUCCAUCUUUCCCAACAUCAGGGUCUUUUCCAGGGAGUCUUCUCUUCUCAUGAGGUGGCCAAAGUAUUGGAGCCUCAGCUUCAGGAUCUGUCCUUUUGAAGGGAGGGGAGCCUAAAUCCACAGGGGGAGGGAAAUCAACCCCUGAAAUUUGGUCUUGAUCCAAACCCAUAGGGUGCUGGGCUGGGGAGCCGAAGCCCUCCAGACAUCGAGGGACUACAAAGCCCAUCAUCUCUGCCUGUUAGGUCCAGACUUAUCUCGAGGGCCACAGGUUCCCCCAGCCCUUCAUCCUAGGGCUAGGUAGGGAUUGAAUUUAGAAGGGGGGGGGGGAAUCAAGGCUGUUCUUUGCCUCUUCUGAGAACGCUGGACAUUGACACCCGCCAGUUUGUGACGUGAUUGGGUGGCGCAGAGUGACUUUGUCACCUUCCCAGGUCCCUUUCCCUCCUUGUGAGCGUGCUUGCGUUUCCUGAUCUUGACAAACAGCAGCUGUGGCGAGCCAGGUGCGGCUGUGCGCAUCCUUCAAACAGCCUUGACGCAAGUGGAUGCCUCGUGGAAGGUGUUUUAGAAUUCCUUCCCCUGCCUCAGUCUCUCUCUCUCUCUCUCUCUCUCUCUCUCUCUCUCUCACUUCCUGCCUGCCUGCCUGCCUUGGUCUGUUUCCGACAGCCUUGGGGCGGGGAAGGAAGGGCACUGCGGUGCUUUAAAAGAAAAGAGUCUAACCAGGAAUGAAAGUUCACAACCUGUUUUUUAGCCAGCACCUCAGGUCAGCGAAAGCCACGAUUUCUGCCUCCUGGAGCCAAACGAUUUAAUGAAGCAAUUUCUCAAACCUUCUCUUGGUCAGAGCACCUUCGAUAUAAUCCCAAAGGGGGGGGGAGGCUUAAUUGCUGCUAACGACUGCUGCUUAAUUCACCUCCAAUUGGUAUUUUCAAUUACUUUGCCUCGCCACCAUCCACACUGCAGCAUUCUCUCUCUCUCUCUCUCCCCCCCCCCCCAUUUUGCAGGCUUAGAAAACCUCUCUGGCAGACUACAGUUCGGUCCUACUCUAGACCAAUGUAGGUUCAUAAAAGGGCAGCCAGAAUUAUCAAGGGACGGGGCAGCACUUCUGUACAUUGCAGCAUCUGGGACUUUUUAGUUUAGAGAAAAGGCAAGUGGUGUGAAGUAAGUUCACUGAAAUAUGCAUAUUAUGGAGAAAAUCGGUAGAGAAAGGUUUUUCUUCCUCUCUCAUAACGCUAGACCUCGUGGCCAUCCAACGAAGCUGAAUUUUGGGAUGAAAUAAAGUAACUUAUCUAUGCAUCCCAUGGUAGGGUUACCAUAUGUCCUCUUUUUCAUGAGUGUAGAGUCAUCACAGCGAUCCAUAGUUAAAAGUAGAAGUCGGCAGAUGUCUCCUCUUUAUUGCUCUUCAAAAUAUGGCAACCCUACCAGUUAAACUAUGUAAGUUUUCUGUGGAGGUUUUCCAUAGGCAUCUCAGCCGCUUUGAGGACAGUGGAUUAGGUGGGACAUUGGCCUGAUCCAACAGGUUCUUUUUAUGUUUAUGUUCUUUGGCAACUAGGGACGUGGGUGGUGCUGUGUUCUAAACCACAGAGCCUAGGACUUGCCGAUCGGAAGGUCGGCAGUUCAAAUCCCCACGGCAGGGUGAGCUCCCAUUGCUCGGUCCCUGCUCCUGCCAACCUAGCAGUCGAAAGCACAUCAAAGUGCAAGUAGAUAAAUAGGUACCGCUCCAGCAGGAAGGUAAACUGCGUUUCCGUGCGCUGCUCUGGUUCGCCAGAAGCGGCUUAGUCAUGCUGGCCACAUGACCUGGAAGCUGUACGCUGGCUCCCUCGGCCAAUAAAGUGAGAUGAACGCCGCAACCCCAGAGUUGGUCACGACUGGACCUAAUGGUCAGGGGUCCCUUUACCCGUUACCUUUACCUCUUUGGCAACUAAUUCCUACUCAGAGUAAGCCCAUACGAAACAAAGGAACAUGACAGACUUGGGGCGAUUGAUUUCAGGCAGUCUGCUCUGAGCAGGGGCUUAGUUUGAGGCAACCCAUUGAAACGGAUGCACUUGGCGAAUCCAGGUUGAUUUCAAUGGAUCUGCUUCAAGUAGGACUUAAUUGGGUACUGUGCCCACCCAUCAAAGCUGGCCCAUGGAAAGGGUUGAAAGAGACAUGGAUGGGUGGCACAGCAGAGCCAGUUCCCUGCUGUGAACCCUCUUGGGGCUGACAACAAUGUGCACUGGAUAAUGCCGUUGUUUCGUUGCGCGACGUGUCAACCAGACCAGGAAAUCUCAUAUGAUUUGUUUAUGAUUCCUUUUUUUCUUUUCCGCCCUCCCUCCCAGAGGAGCCCUGUGCGGGGAAGGCUCAGAGUGUUCAAACAGUGCAAUUUUAAAAUAAAAAGGUAAUUUAAAACAUUUCAGAGCCAUUUAGAACCGUUUGACAUACGUCAAACGCAUCUUAUGAAAGCUGCUGCGUGCCCUCACAGUUGCACCAUUACAUAGUUGCUCUGUACGGUAUUUUGCAAGCGUUUGGACAGCAUCUUGUUCUCCAACAGUGGCCAACCAGAUUCCUACCCAUGGGAAACCCACAAGCAGGACCUGAGCAGAGCAGCAGCUCUCUCCUCCUGUCACGCUGACUUUGCUUCUUCCUCCACCAUGGGCAAUAUUUCUGAAUAUCAGUUACCGAGAGUCACAAGUAGGGAGAGUUGCUUUUGUACUCAAGCAGGCUUCCCAUUGGUAUUUGGUUGGUUAGAUGAGCUGGUGGCCUCAUCUAACAGGCUUCUUGCUGCUCAAUUUGCAUACUUCAUGCAGGCCUAAAUGUUCUGCAGUUGCAGAAUAUCUCUCUCACACACACAUAGUACAGAAUGAUGUUCUUUGGGGAAAACUUUACAACCUUUUACUCGCGGAAGAGGCGGUGGUUGAGGAAUUGGAAGCCAAUGGGGCAAUUGUUCUGUGUUCCCACAGUUCCUCUGUGCCACACACAAUCCAGCUUCUUGAAAACACAGCUUUUAUGGUUGUUUCUAAGUUUCUAGCCCUCAUUAUUAGGACGAUAGAAGUAGAAGGGAGGGGAUUGUUGAAAUGACAGGAUAAGAAGUCCCAGAGCCUUUUUGUCUCAGUGAGAAGUCCGGCCUGGUGAGUGGUGCGGUGUUUGCAUCUUAAAAAACGGCGAAAAAGCCUGGUGUGUUCAAUUUCAAGGAGUUAAAGCUCCUCCUGGAAGGGGCAUCUGCUUUCUCCCACUCUUUCCUGACAGUCGGGGCCCCAGGCAGGUCUAUUUUUAGAAAGUCAUUGAGAGAACCAGCCAAGCGUGCAUCGCACGGCCCCAGCUGGAGUCUUCACAAUAAAAAUUUGCAGGCGGUCUGGCCAGGGGGGGAUGAAGGUUGCACCCUUGUGCCCACACACACCCUGCAAAAAACACAGCAAAGGGAAAGCACGCGGCGGCCAUUGAACAAACACUGGAUCCUUCCUGGUGCUGAGCCCCGUCUCGCCAGGGAGCACCUGCAUUUUGCAGCUCCAUUAGUGACGGGCACCUGGGCAAGCUUUGAGCAUGCCAAGCCAUCAGUGGCUGCCUGCCCCGGGCAUCUUGCAUUGUGAAGUGCUCUUUUGAGGCAGCGGCUCCCAAGCAUCAUUGGGCUGUCACUCCUCUAGGUGACAAAUCCAGGAUGUAGAAUUCUACAAAAUGUUGCAUUGCAGAGUGCCUGUAGCCCAGGUUCCCCCUGGCCAUACCCUCUCAUGGGCUACUCCAUUCCAUUCUUCCCCCCUCUCCCAGGCUACUCCAUUCCAUUCCUCCUCCCUCUCCCAGGCUACUCCAUUUCAUUCCUCCCUCUCCCAGGCUACUUCAUUCCAUUCCUCCUCCCUCUCCCAGGCUAUGCCAUUCCAUUCUUUCCCCCUCUCCUAGGCUACUCCAUUCCAUUCCUCCUCCCUCUCCCAGGCUAUGCCAUUCCAUUCUUCCCCCCUCUCCCAGGCUACUCCAUUCCAUUCCUCCUCCCUCUCCCAGGCUACUCUAUUCCAUUCCUCCUCCCUCUCCCAGGCUACUCCAUUCCUCUCCCCUCUCCCAGGCUACUCUAUUCCAUUCCUCCUCCCUCUCCCAGGCUACUCCAUUCCUCUCCCCUCUCCCAGGCUACUCCAUUCCAUUCCUCCCUAGUUUUCUCAGAUUUUUUUCCUCCCCCCCCCCCCCACAGUUGGUAUGAAUGUCAAGCCCGCUGAAUGCCCACAGACAGACCUCAAUGGGAUUUUUCUGGGGUUCCCACCCUUUAAGGCUCUCUCUGGAAAAUGGUUUCAAUUUGUACUUCUCCAAACCUUCUCCCUCUUGCUCUGGGGUGUGCGCUUGCAUUUCGUCUUCACCAGGAUCCAUACACUUGAGGAGGAGUUCGCUGUUAGUGUGCAGCAGAGCGGGAAAUGGUUUUCAGCCUGAGAGCCACAUGCCAGUGGUGGGAGGGGCCAGAGGGAAAUGUGGGCGGAGCAAUGGAUGUAAAUUUUUCCUUUGUGCGCUGGGCGAUUGGUUUCUGCGCAACUCGAACCCCUCUCUCCAUCCAGCAUCCAGGCAAGAGGACACAUUUUAGAGAGGCAUGAACACUCAAGGGAGCAUGCAAAAGCUAGGCCACUGUGGGGUGCGGCCUGCGGAAGAGAUCUGAGGGCCAGACUGAGAAGCCUGUAGGGCCAACCCCCUGCUCUGUGUUGGGGGAAUGGCAGCUUUGUAAGUCAGCAGUGAAGGGUCCUGGGACAGAAAUGAGGCUCACUUAAAAGGCUUAUCGAGGAACCGAUUUAUCCAUGCCACGCAGAAAACAUUUUUUUCCACUUUGCGGGUGCCAUUCAAGGAAUGACCAAACCAGGUUUAUUUCCCGCUCCUUCUCCUCUUCAGGCCGCAGCGUAUGCCUCCGAGGACGGCGUCCUCACGGAAGCCAUGAUCGACGCCCGGGUGGCCGAUGCCGUUCAGCAACACAAGCAGAAGAUGGAGUGGUUAAAAGCUGAGGGGGUGGAGCCGGGCAAGAGCCAACCGUUGCCUCUCACGAUGGGGAAGGGCCUAUGAGGAAGCUUUGGGGGCGGGAGAGGGAAGGACAGAAGAGAACGGGGAGGACGCCACAGACCAUUGCGACGUGUGGAGCAAAGGAUGCUGGGGAAACCGACUCUCGCUUUGCAGCCGCGGUCCAGCUGGAAUCAUGUCGAAAGUGAACACAACAUCGCGCUGGUGAAAGGGAGGGCCAAUCUUUGGAGUCUGCUUUCUUGGGGUUUUUUAUAUAUAUAUAUACCUCAGGGUGACACCUUGAAUAACCAUGUGCGUGUAUGUGUGUGUAUCAACCAAUACAUUAAAAAAAAGAGAGUUCUUUUUGCCAAACGGCACCCCACCUCAGCACCUUGUUCUUCUG